AAUCUCUCUCUCACUUUUUUUCUUUUUUCUUUGAACAGUAUUGUCAGAAAAGCCAACGACUUUCACAAUCACUGUGACGUCUGAAGCAGGAGAAAAUGAUGAAACUGUCCAAACAACCCUUAAAUUUACGUAUAGAGAAAAAUAUCCCGAUGAAGCUCCACUUUAUGAAAUUGUCUCACAGGAGAAUCUUGACGAUAAUGAUGUCACGGACAUAAUAAAACUACUAGAACAACAGGCAGAAGAAAAUUUAGGGAUGGUAAUGAUCUUCACUCUAGUCUCAGCAGUACAGGAGAAAUUGAAUGAAAUAGUGGAUCAAAUAAAAACACGAAGAGAAGAGGAGAAGAAACAGAAAGAAAGAGAAGCAGAAGAAGAGGAGAAGCAACGUUUUCAUGGCACUCCUGUUACCAUUGAGAAUUUCCUAAAUUGGAAAGCAAAGUUUGAUGCGGAACUCCUAGAAAUAAAAAGGAAAAAAAUGAAAGAAGAUGAACAAGCGGGCAAAAAUAAAUUAAGCGGUAAACAGCUGUUUGAAAUGGAUCACAACCUUGACACUUCUGACAUCCAGUUCUUGGAGGAAGCUGGAAACAGCGUGGAGGUUGAUGAAUCUUUAUUCCAAGAAAUGGAUGAUUUAGAGUUGGAGGAUGAAGACGAUGACCCUGACUACAACCCUGUUAAUUUAGAUAGCGAUUAGACUUUUUUGAACUGUCAUCAAUAUGGACAUGUGCAAGGGGAGAGGAGCAGGCGGGAAAGCCACAGCAUCUGUGGUUUUAGUAAUGUGUAUUGGUUUUCUUUUUUCCCCCCUUUUUUUCCAAAGAAAAAAACCAAAAUAUUUUAAAUCCAGGAGAAUGGUCUUCUGAUGGCUUUCAUCAUAAAUAAAUUUACUUUAAUAUUUCAAAUGAAAAA